AUGGCUCACACAGUCGGUGUCUUCCAAGCCCUCAUUGCGUUCCCCGUGAUGAUACACGCAGGUGUAUUUACAUUUUGGUGUUUAACGCUAGAUGCCAAUUUUACGAUAUAUGAAUUUGUAAAUGCCCUCUCAAACGCCUUCUUCUCCGCUUCGAUCUUGUUUAUCAUUAUUACUCAACGAGGGGGAAACAGUGGGGAUAUCAGUAAAGAGUUUAUGGUCUGGUUGGAAGUGGCAAAAAGCGGUUUUGCGAGUGCGGUGUGGCUUUGGUUACUCUUCGAUAGCAUUUUUGGUCCCGUCCACAACUCCUACAAUCAACCGCAAUCACGAACGCCCCGAAUUGCACAGGCGAUUAUUAGUUUUCUUGGUUUACCUUUCCUCUUCUAUCCUACCCUCGCCUUCGCUAUUUACGAUCUCAAAACAAGUCGGAAAUCUGAAUUGAAUGUGAAUGCAGGGGUAGCAAGCACAGCAGUAGAUGUAGAUGAAGAAGCUGCUGCGGGAGAGAGAUCACCUCUAUUGAGUAGGGAGUAA